CUCAACACUAGCUACGAAGACAUGCAGACUAAUUUAGAAAAAGAAGUAACAGAUGUCCCUACUGCUUCAUCCACUGAACAGCAGAAUGUGAAUGUAGACAAUAGAGCUACAAUUGAGCCAAGCAAAGAAGGCACUGUAGCAAAAGAGGAUAGCAAUGUUAAUUUGAGUGACAAUAAAUUAGUAGCUGAAAAUACUGCGUUAGAAAAUACGACAGCAACAUCAAACACGACAUUAGUUCCAACACCCGCUUCUAACCAACAGCAACAAAUUGCUAUUCCUACUACUACUACCACUACUACUGCUGCUACUACUGUUACUACUGCUACUUUAACCCCUGUCGACAAUGCACCAGUAGAGCAGCCAGUAAUCAAUCGCGCUAAUGAAAUAUUAAUUUCCAAGAUUAAGCAAAAAAGAGAGAUCGUGAAGCGUUUAGAUGAGGAGUUGUACUUUUUAAGACACUACAAUGCAGACCUUAUCGAAAAGGAAAAAGCAAUUCAGGAAAGAAUGGUACAGCGUAAAAAGGAUCAACAACAACUACUAAUUAACUACAAUGAACACAUACGCUCUCGCAGAGCAACAGACGAUGAUCCAGCCACCAUUCGUACAAGGCUUUUAGAACUAAAGGCAAUGAUCAAAGAUCUUAGUCUAGACCUUGCCAGUCAAUGUGACCCAAAGGUCGCAUCAGCAGCCAUUGGUUCAUUUUGGAUCAAUCUGAAUGAAGCUAUUGCUAAACUAGGUGAUCCUAUUCCGAUGAAGCGAAUUGUGAUGCUCACAGAAAAGUUUCUUAUGGAUGUCUUGGUUCAAAGCAUGAAUUAUAACACAUUUCCAGGAUUAAAGAUAUCUCAGCCUUAUACCCAGCUUCAGUUUUGGUUUGAUCGAUAUGAUCCGGCAUUUUGCACUAGAUUAAGACAAGAGGUGGCCAAGACGGUUGUUGCAGGAAAUACACCAAAUUCUGAUAUUCAAGCAGAUAUUACAAAAUUCAACAAGCGAAUGUACAACUCAUUGUAUUCUUCUUUACUCAAAGCAUAUCCUUUUAUGGACCAACAUGAUUCACGAGAACAGGAUUCUAAAAAGCGCUAUUCAACGGUUAUUAACAAAAUGGUUGAGCUGGCUUCAUAUAUUGGCUAUGCUAUAAGGGGACAAGAGGUUGAGAUCGCAGCAGCUGCUGUGGGAGAAGGUUCAGAACCACUUGAUCUAAAAACAAUGAACGAUGAGGACAAUCAAACUUCAGGAAUAAUUCAAUUUUGUGUAUGUCCCCCUUUCGUUGUCUAUGGUUCUCGUAUAGAAGUUUUGGAAAAGGCCAGGGUUUUAUGUUCACCUCUCCCUGCAAAUUACAAUAAGCAAUAAAAGACAAGAGAUCAGCCUAUAUAUUUUUUUGCUUGCAUG